CUAACGUUACAGUUCCGGUUCCACCUCGCAACAGCACUUUAGCUAAAACGACGGCGGGAAGUUGAUAUCUUUAAUUUAACCACAAAUCAGCAACAACCUAACGGACGAAAUUGUUAACGGUCGACAUUUCACUAUUUAAUAUUGAUGGAUCUGUAAUCGGAAGUACGAUAACUCUAAAGAAAGCAUAGCGGCGUGGGAUUGAGCUAACAUGGCUAACGUCGGAAACCAGCUACCAACACAGGCCGUUAGCAAGCCUGCGCCUGGAAAACAUGGAAAUGUAUUGCCCCUGUGGGGCAACGAAAAGACUAUGAACCUCAACCCAAUGAUUCUCACGAAUGUGCUGUCUUCGCCCUAUUUCAAAGUUCAGCUUUAUGAACUAAAGACUUACCACGAAGUUGUUGACGAGAUCUACUUCAAGGUAACUCACGUUGAACCUUGGGAAAAAGGAAGCAGAAAGACCGCAGGCCAGACUGGAAUGUGCGGAGGGGUGCGUGGCGUUGGGACUGGUGGUAUUGUGUCUACUGCCUUCUGUCUUCUAUACAAACUGUUUACUCUCAAGCUGACUCGCAAACAGCUGAUGGGUCUGAUCACUCACACAGACUCCCCAUACAUCAGAGCACUUGGCUUCAUGUACAUAAGAUACACUCAGCCCCCAGCAGAUUUGAUAGAUUGGUACGACGGCUUCCUGGAUGAUGAGGAGGAGCUCGAUGUGAAGGCAGGAGGUGGUUGCGUGAUGACCGUUGGAGAAAUGCUCCGCUCCUUCCUGACCAAGCUGGAGUGGUUCUCCACUCUGUUCCCUCGUAUCCCGGUGCCUGUGCAGAAGAUCAUUGACCAGCAGAUGAAGGCCAGGCCUCGGAAGGUUGUUCAGAAGGAGACGCAGGAGGAGGAAGCUGCGUGCGCAGAGCAAGGGGGGAAAGGGGAACGCCGCCGCUCCAGGACCCCAAGACGGACGCCGAGCCCCCGGAGAUCACCCAAACGGUCAAGGAGCAGAAGCCACCACCGGGAGAGAGACCGCCACGGCCCCAGCUUUGACCGAGAGCUGGAGAGGGAGCGUGACCGCCAGAGGAAGGAGAGGGAGGGCAGGGAUCGGGAUAGGGACCGUGGGGACCGAGGGGACAGGGAGAGACGACGGUCCCGCAGCGCAGACAGGAACCGAGAGCGUAGAAGAAGUCGCAGCGGCAGCCGGGACCGAAAGAGCGAACGUAGAGACAAAGACAGAGACGGCGGGGAUGACAGGAGCAAGAGGAAGGACAGGGAGCACCAUAAAGAUAGAGGCGCCGAGAGGGAGAGGUCCAGGGAUAAAAAGAGCAGGGGAGAGACUGAUGACAGGAGGCAUAAAGACGACAGGGAGAGGCACAGAGAGGAGAGGAAGGCAAAAAGGUCGAGCCGGAGUCGAAGCAGGGAGAGGAAGCACAAAAGUGGGGCAGAAGAGAAGAGCAGGAGAAGAGAGCGCAGCCACAGCAGAGAUAGAGACCGGGAGAGAGAUGGAGAGCAGCGUUCUCACAAACGUAGUCGUAGCAAAGAGAGGAGCCAUCAUCAGAGAGAGUCCAGUAACGACCAUAGUAAACAUAGUGAACGCAGAAGGAGUCAUAGCACUGAGUAAAUGUCGCCUCCAGCAAUAUUACUUCUCCUCCCGUUUUUCUUCCUUUUCCUGCCAGUUGUCUGGUCUGUCAGUUAAGCUAAAGAGAAGGAAUGUCAGCACAUUGGACAUCUGGAGUUGUUGUCUUUGGCCAAUGUGAUGUUGCUUUAUGUUUUAUGUUUUUCUGCCUUUUUUCACUCCCCAUAGACCAUUGUUAGUCUUCACUUGAAAUUUCAAAAGUGGUGAAAAUGGCAUUUUAAUUUUCUAUGGUUCGUUUUUUCGCCCCAGGUGUGGGUUUGUACAUAAUGUUUCGGAGGCUGUCUACACACGAUAAGUGGUCUGAGUUGCAUGGGUUGCUUAGCUCAAAACAAUCUUUGAUAAUUCAUGUGAUUUAUAAAGAAUAACUGUUUCAGGCUGUAUAAAAGCCCAAAGUUAUUUUUUAAAAUUUGACUAACAUUACAGCACGUAUGUGUGGGAUUUCUUCAUUUUAAGCUUCUUAGUCAGCUCUGUUCUGAUUAAACGUGCUUAGAAGGGUCACAAGUGAACGGUUGAAGUUCAGAUUUCAGCGCAGCGGCAAUGUGGAUCAACAGUGGCUCAAGCCAACAUGAAGCAAUUCUGUCCACGGUCGCGUGUAGACAGCCUGAGAAUGCUUUGAAUCUGGAAAGGACAGUCUGCACAGGGUAAUUUUUAAUCACACACACUGAGCCCUGCUUGUGCUGUUUGGAUUACUGCUCUGUUGCAUUUCGUUUUCUAAUAAAACACUUUGAC